AUCUCUGAUGGUUUUAACUCUCUGGGUAGUGGAGAAUGAUGGGACAUCUCUGAUGGUUUUAACUCUCUGGGUAGUGGAGAAUGAUGGGAGAUCUCUGAUGGUUUUAACUCUCUGGGUAGUGGAGAAUGAUGGGAGAUCUCUGAUGGUUUUAACUCUCUGGGUAGUGGAGAAUGAUGGGACAUCUCUGAUGGUUUUAACUCUCUGGGUAGUGGAGAAUGAUGGGAGAUCUCUGAUGGUUUUAACUCUCUGGGUAGUGGAGAAUGAUGGGAGACCUCUGAUGGUUUUAACUCUCUGGGUAGUGGAGAAUGAUGGGAGAUGUCUGAUGGUUUUAACUCUCUGGGUAGUGGAGAAUGAUGGGAGAUCUCUGAUGGUUUUAACUCUCUGGGUAGUGGAGAAUGAUGGGAGGUCUCUGAUGGUUUUAACUCUCUGGGUAGUGGAGAAUGAUGGGACAUCUCUGAUGGUUUUAACUCUCUGGGUAGUGGAGAAUGAUGGGACAUCUCUGAUGGUUUUAACUCUCUGGGUAGUGGAGAAUGAUGAGACAUCUCUGAUGGUUUUAACUCUCUGGGUAGUGGAGAAUGAUGGGACAUCUCUGAUGGUUUUAACUCUCUGGGUAGUGGAGAAUGAUGGGAGACCUCUGAUGGUUUUAACUCUCUGGGUAGUGGAGAAUGAUGGGAGGUCUCUGAUGGUUUUAACUCUCUGGGUAGUGGAGAGUGAUGGGACAUCUCUGAUGGUUUUAACUCUCUGGGUAGUGGAGAAUGAUGGGAGGUCUCUGAUGGUUUUAACUCUCUGGGUAGUGGAGAAUGAUGGGACAUCUCUGAUGGUUUUAACUCUCUGGGUAGUGGAGAAUGAUGGGAGAUCUCUGAUGGUUUUAACUCUCUGGGUAGUGGAGAAUGAUGGGAGAUCUCUGAUGGUUUUAACUCUCUGGGUAGUGGAGAAUGAUGGGAGAUCUCUGAUGGUUUUAACUCUCUGGGUAGUGGAGAAUGAUGGGAGAUCUGAUGGUUUUAACUCUCUGGGUAGUGGAGAAUGAUGGGAGAUCUCUGAUGGUUUUAACUCUCUGGGUAGUGGAGAAUGAUGAGACAUCUCUGAUGGUUUUAACUCUCUGGGUAGUGGAGAAUGAUGGGAGAUCUCUGAUGGUUUUAACUCUCUGGGUAGUGGAGAAUGAUGAGACAUCUCUGAUGGUUUUAACUCUCUGGGUAGUGGAGAAUGAUGAGACAUCUCUGAUGGUUUUAACUCUCUGGGUAGUGGAGAAUGAUGGGACAUCUCUGAUGGUUUUAACUCUCUGGGUAGUGGAGAAUGAUGGGAGAUGUCUGAUGGUUUUAACUCUCUGGGUAGUGGAGAAUGAUGGGAGACCUCUGAUGGUUUUAACUCUCUGGGUAGUGGAGAAUGAUGGGAUGUCUCUGAUGGUUUUAACUCUCUGGGUAGUGGAGAAUGAUGGGAGACCUCUGAUGGUUUUAACUCUCUGGGUAGUGGAGAAUGAUGGGAGAUCUCUGAUGGUUUUAACUCAGUUUUUUA